ACUGUUCGUCCUCAUCUUAAACUACUACUAGAGUGUAGAAUUAGAUUAGAAGUUAUUGCUUGCUUGUUAUAUAUAGUAUGUCGCGGUUAUAUAAAGCGGAAUGAACUAACAUCAUUCUUCCGGAAUCUAGUCUUCUAGUCCCUCUCUCUACCUAUAAAAUUCGAUCAGGUCCCAACUAUAUAUAACUUCGCCCCAAGUCUUUUCCAGAGUUCCGUUGAUUCCUCUUAUGCAAAAAAAAAUUGUGCUCCUUAUUAAUUAUAUUACAAAGGCUAGCGCACAUAAACUGAAGCGCGCGCGCAGGGAUCGAUCGAAAUAGUAUGUGCAAAGUGGCGGUGGCGGCCGGAGUGGUGUGCUUGGCGGCGGUGAUGGUGGUGAGGCACCGGAUAAAGAGGAGUUCCGGGCGGUGGGCCAAGACCAUGGCUUUACUGGAAGAGGUGCGGGAGAAGUGCGGGACACCGACCGGAAAGCUCCGGCAAGUUGCAGAUGCCAUGACCGCCGAGAUGCACGCCGGCCUUGCCUCUCAUGGCGCUACCAAACUCAAGAUGCUUAUUACCUUCGUUGACAACCUCCCCACCGGGGAUGAAAAGGGGGUGUUUUAUGCGUUGGACCUGGGCGGCACAAACUUCCGUGUGAUGCGAGUAGAGUUGGGAGGAAAAGAGAAAGGGGUCGUGAGUCGAGAGUCUGAAGAGGUCCCGAUUCCACCGCAUUUGAUGUCCGGAUCGUCUCGUGGGCUGUUUGAUUUUAUCGCCACCGCGCUCGCAAACUUUCUCCAACAAGAACCUCAUCCUCCGCCCGGAAGGCAAAGGGAAUUGGGUUUCACCUUCUCCUUCCCUGUCACUCAAACCUCCAUAGCAUCCGGAACUCUUAUCAAAUGGACAAAGGGUUUCUCCAUACAAGAAACGGUUGGACAAGAUGUCGUACAAGAGUUGAGAAAAGCCAUUGAAAGAGCUGGCCUUGAUAUCCGGGUGGCUGCUUUGAUAAAUGAUACGGUGGGAACAUUAGCAGGAUGUCGAUAUAGUAACCCUGAUGCCAUAGCUGCAGUCAUAUUAGGUACAGGAACCAAUGCUGCAUAUGUUGAACGGGCAAACACAAUACCAAAGUGGCAGGGUUUACAGCCUAAGUCGGGAAAUAUGGUUAUCAACAUGGAAUGGGGAAAUUUCCAAUCUUCACAUCUUCCUCUUUCAUAUUAUGAUCAAUGUCUUGAUUCUGAGAGUCUAAAUCCGGGAGAGCAGAUAUAUGAGAAGCUCAUUUCUGGCAUGUAUCUCGGAGAGAUUGUGCGUAGAGUGUUGUGUAGGAUGGCUGAAGAAGCUGACUUUUUUGGUGAUACUGUCCCACCAAAGUUGAGGAUGCCAUUUAUUAUAAGGACUCCACACAUGUCUGCAAUGCAUCAUGACACAUCUGUUGAUCUGAAGGCGGUUGACAACACACUGAAGGAGGUGUUGGAGAUACCUAAAUCUUCCCUGAGAAUGAGAAAAGUAGUCGUGGAGGUGUGCGACAUCAUUGCAACCCGUGGAGCCCGCCUUUCAGCUGCAGGAAUCUUCGGCAUCCUCAAGAAGUUGGGAAGAGACGGUCUGAAAGCGGGAGAGAUUAACCAGAACAAGUCCGUAGUUGCAGUGGAUGGGGGGCUGUUUGAGCACUACACAAAGUUCAAAACAUGUAUAGAGAGCACUCUCCAAGAGUUGCUCGGGGAGGCUUACCAGAACCUUGUAAUUGAGCUUGCAAAUGACGGCUCAGGUGUUGGAGCGGCCCUCGUGGCCGCAGCUCAUUCACAAUACCUUUAAGCUGAGUUCUAAUACGAAAUAUAAACUUCUCUGUAUUUAUACUUGAUUAUAUGUUGUUUCAUUUACUAAAGUUUUCUACUCCCUCCGUUCUUUACUCUGCAAAUGACGGCUCAGGUGUUUCUUAUUAAAUGUCCUUUCUAUUUUAGGAAAGUUUUUGAUAAAAUACCCUCACGUUUAUUACUUUUACC